CAUCUUCUACUGGCAACAGCUGUGGUCAUUAAGGCCGCUAUAGCACAUCCGGAUACUCCGAGUUAUUUAAUGAAGAAGUUACGCGAUUUACGAAUGUCGCUUACGGAAAGAUUGGGAGAGUUUCUUGCGGCGUAUCCGCAGCGGCCUUUCACUGACGUCGAGUUGAAGGGAAUUCUCGCUUAUGUGAUUACACCUUACCUAACUGAUGCCAAAAAUAAUCGCGACGAGCCAAUUGUUGUCGCUCCUCUAUCUGUGAUAAAAAUGCUAGCAGCGGCAUGCUCCUAUCCUUCGUAA